AUGGCUCCCUCAUUCGCCCGCAUCGGUGACGAAGUCACUCCCAAGCUCUCCGGCGAGAAGUACAACAGCGUACCCGCCACAAUCCGCAACAGCCUCCGUAUUGCCUUCGAAAAGGCAUGCGCGACCUACACCACCGCCGCCCUCGAGACACCAGCUGCCAGCUUCCGUACGCAGUACGAGCUGAAGAAGGCGAUCGUCUAUCGACAUCCGGAGCGCGAUUCCGAAACCAGCACCAUCGCGACCGCCUUUCCGUUUGCCGAGCCCGCCAACAUCGCCUUGAUUGAGCACGUUGUCGACAAAGAGCUCAUCGACUUCACCAUGCUGUCCGCUGUCGAGUGCGUGAGCAGCCUUGCUGCUCUUGGCCUCGCGAAUCCGCACUUCCUCAACUUGCAUGCGGUGCGCAGGGGAGAUCUGGGCUGGGGCUUCGACACCUUUGGGUGUCUUUCGCUGUGUGUCCUGGCGGAGUCUGAGCAAGAGCUGUGGGUUGAAGCCUACUUCGUGCAGCGGGUGUACGGAAGUGGUGAAGAUGGCCCGCGGUCUGGAGGCGUUUCGCUUUCGAGCGAGCAGGGCAGUCGUGCUGAGGGAUCGGGCUUCAAGUUUAGCUUGAAGGGGCUUGGGGGUUUGGCGAAGGAGAAGGAGAAGGAGAAGAAGAAGGACGACGAGGACGAGGAGAUGCUUGAGGACGAGGAUGUGCUCGAGAAGAUGGGAAAGGAGAGCAAGGCGAAGGAGGAAGAGAGGCUGGAUCGGGAGUACGAGGCGUCGUUGCUGAGGCCUCGACCUCUCGAGCCGAACACGAACAAGUACAGGUUCAUGGGGAAGAGGUACUGA